AUGGCGUCCGGAUAUAACUCAGGGUUCUCCGCGACGUCGAUCCAGCACCGCGCUGCAGGCGACGGACGCUCCCUCUCCAACCAGGAUGAAUUCUCGGUGGACGGCAGCUGGCCCGGGCCCGCCUCGAAAACCAGUCGAGAUGCUCGCUCCGGGUCGGAGAACAGUGCCUCCAUCGGCCCUCGCGGGGGCUCCAUCGCCCCCUCGUCCGGGUCCGCGGGCCCAGGCAGCUUCAGCUCCGAACUCAAGAGCAUGAAGACGUCCCGAAGCACGACGCCACGACCCGAGGGGACGUUCCGACGUCGCGGGAGCAGCAACGUCGAGUACGAUGAGAUGUCCAGCACCGAGGAGCGCCAGGCGGCGAUUCGCAAUAAGAUCGCCAAGGAGAUGAAGAUCAAGACGGGCACGGAGAACAUGCUCGAGGCCCUGUUGGCCAAAAACCCCAAGCAGACCAAGGACCAGCGCCUGAGGGUCGAGUCGGAGCUGAGCACCUCGAAUCGCAAGCUGGCCGAGCUACACCACGAGCUGGAGGAGGAACUGCUACGUGCGCAGGCGCCGUCCACCCCUCCCCGGAGUCGUUUGUCGAGUCUGUUCCAGGGCGGGUCCAUACGGUCGCCGCCUCAGAACAACACCGCUGAUUUUGACGAUGAAGAGCCCGACAAUCCGGAGGCGGAGAUGGAGUCCCCGACGUACGUGCUGUCGGAGACCUUGCAGGCGCUGGAGAUCGAAGGCAUGGCGCCGGAUUACUACGUCGAGCGGGCCAACAGUCUCGUCGAGCUGUUCAAGCGACAUCCGACCUUGAAGUAUGACCUCGCGUGGUCAGUCUUUGGCCUGCGUGUGCAGGUCAUGCUUCUCAGCGAUAGCAAAGAGGUCGUGGCGGCGGGGUAUCGCUUGACGCGGUAUGCCAUCGCAGACCGUAAGUCGCUCCAGAUCAUCCGCUCGCUGCAUACAGACGAGCUCGUCAUUCUGUCUCUGGUCAAAGAGAGCAAGGCAGGCAUCGAGCGGGAGCAGGCUCUGAAGUUCGUGAGGGCGUUCCUGGAUGUAAAGGACGGUGUCCAUGAGAUAUCGCGAGCGGUCGUCCGGACGAUUGUUUCCGUGGCAGAACACUCCGACGACCGUCUCCGGAACAUCUCAAUCAUGACCCUUGCAGAGAUUCUGGUGAAGGACCCAGGACUGAUCGCGUAUGCGGGUGGGUUUGCGACUCUGCAUGAUGCCCUAGCGGAGGGCACGUUUGGGGCGUCGGAGAGUCUCAUAGCCAGUUUUCUCCACGUCCUGGAUACACCGCAUAGCAGAAAACAUCUGCGGGGAGGGUGGGAGCUUGAAGCCGUCUUGGCCCCAUUCACCGAUUCCCUAUCAGACUCUGUGCGCAAUGGCCGGUUAAAAUCCUCGGCGAAGGCUAUUUCCGCGAUGCUCAAGACCUGGCCUGGUUUAGUGGUGCUGGCCAGGAACGGCGGCAAACCACUCCAAUCCCUCCUCGACUCGUUACACUACCCCGACCCGCAGGCACGAGAUCUCAUCAUGGAACUCCUGUUUGACGCUCUUCGGAUCAAGCCACCGUCAUGGUCUUCCUCCUUCCUUGCCGGUCGAAGGCUGACGACAUAUGGACGAGCUGCAACUCUUCGCUCCGAGUCUGAUAUGAAACAGUUUCGUGGACUCUCUGGAGGCGGCGGUAACAAGCUUGACCUAACGGCACAUUUCUCAACGCUCAUCCUCGCAACGCUGGUGGACGCAGGUCUCUCAAAAGCCCUUUGCGACCUCAUAGAGGAUGAAACAGAUCUUUCGCUCAGACGCAAGGCGACGUUGCUUUUGACCGAAGUCCUGAAGCUCGCCCAUCAUUCAUUACCUCGUCACAUUAGCUCGAAGCUCCAAGUUCUUCCGCACUUGCUGCCGUCUGCAAUCAAGUUCGACGUGGAGAACCACGACGUCUCUACCUCGACCAUCUAUCAGAUUGAGAGCAUCAACAGAACACUGGCUCGGUCGAUAGGAAGCGUCUCAACCGGUGCGGGAAGAUACAGUGUGGACGUCGAUAUCUCUGCCUCGCUGUUGACUGGCGACCAAGGAAAAGAUAGACUCAGCCCCGCAAUGGACGAGACGCAGUUCAGGCAGGCCAUUCUCGACACCAAUGUCCUCAACACCGUGAAUUUCCUGAAAUGGAAGUGGGAUCUGAUUCACCGUAUCGUCGAAGGCCCUCUAACCAAUCCCAAGAGGCUGGACGAGGCAAUCAAGGGCUCAAAAUUCAUGAAACGUCUGAUGGGCUUCUACCGGCCCUUCAAGUAUAGGUUUUGCAUGCUUCCGAACACGAAACCGAACCAGCGCUACGUCCGAACGGGCUGUGCGUUGAUGCGAACAUUAGUCCAAAUACCCGAAGGAACGAAGUAUCUGGCGGAAAACAAAUUUCUGCGGCAGGUUGCAGAAUGUCUCGCGCAGGUGGAUCGCAUGAGUGGCCUAACCUCCUCGUCGCCUCUCUUCUCCCGGGAGCAAAUGGCGUCGACAUUAAGCGGGGGGUACUUUGCGUUGUUAGGGACCCUGAGCGGCGACGCCAAUGGGCUGGCCAUGAUGGAGAGAUGGCACAUGCUCAACAUGUUCUACCAUAUCAUUGAGCUUCGAGAUCGGGAUGAUCUCAUCCAAACACUCUUAGGGAACUUGGACUACACGCAGGAAAGCCAUCUACGGGUCAUGCUCUCCAAAGCGCUGACUACCGGCUCCAAGGAGAUCCGCAUCUUUGCCACGAAACUCCUGCGCAAGUACGCUGUGGGCAAUGUCCCCCUGUCUCCACAGAUGGCUAUUGGGAACGCCGACUGGGUUGUCAAACUUCUUGUGACCCAGCUAUAUGACCCCGAUGUGUCUGUAUGCCAAGUUGCUGUCAAAAUCUUGGAAGAAGCCUGCAACCAUCGGGACUACCUGGAGUUUGUUGUGAAAUGCCGGCCCUCUCUCGACCACCUGGGAGAGAUCGGGGCCCCUCUACUCCUACGAUUUCUUUCAACCUCCGUCGGCUACCACUACUUGGACGGACUCGACUACAUCACGCAAGAAAUGGACGAUUGGUUUCUGGGCCGCAACGACGCAUACGUGGGGUUGGUGGAAGCUGCGCUCUCGCGAGCGUACGUGGAUCAGCCGCGACGGGGCAGCCUGGUCCCCGAUGACAUUGUGGACAUGCAGGACAUCGGACUGGUGCCGCCGCAUUUCUACCGAGAACUCGCCCGAACAGCGGAGGGAUGUAAGCUUCUGGAGCAGUCGGGGCAUUUCAACGAAUUCGCCUGGACGAUUCGCGAUUUUCGACUAGACGAGGAGGACACGGAGACUCUUCUCAAGGUGAAGGGGUGUCUCUGGGCUGUGGGCAAUGUCGGGUCUAUGGAACUCGGGGCGCCCUUCCUGGAAUCGGACAUUGUCGAACGCAUCGUGAAGAUCGCCGAGAGUGCGGAGGUGUUGACGAUGAGAGGCACGGCGUUUUUCGUGCUCGGCCUCGUCUCCCGCAGCCGACACGGGCUCAAGGUGCUAAGGGAUUUUGGAUGGGACUCGGCGGUUGACCAGGAAGGAAACUCCCUAGGAUUGAGUCUUCCCACCGACUUUAACAAGUUAUUCCUGGUUGAUUUCCCGUCCCACGACAGGAAGUACGACUCCAAGCGGACAUCGCAGGAGAAGUUCAAGGAAGCGACCACGGACGAAGACCCCGUGAACCAAAAGAUUCUCAAACUGAUUGUGGACAUGGGCAACACGGUCUUGUCGAAACGAGCGGCGGCAGACCUCCAUAGCAUCAAGUCCAAGCAGCCUGAGCACUUCCGCCAACCGCAUCUGUUCCGCAAAACCCUCAGCAUCCUGGAAAGCCACCAUUUCCGGCUACCAGCCCGACGGUUUGCUCUCGACCUGUUCGACAAAAGCGUCAUGCGACGGAUCGUGCUGGAAGACGAGUCGGAGUCGGAUUCCGACGCGACCUCGUCCCAGGACUCCGGAUGA